ACAUAUUUUAAUUUUGAAAAUGAGUAGACUAUUCCUUUAAGUUGCCACUCAGUUUUAGUUUAAUGCCUUGCAGAAAAUUAUCGUCUUCUUUAAAUAAACAUAAAAUAUCAAAUGAAAGAACAGACCAUCCACUUUCAAACAAAAACAAACAAAAAAACGUUUCAUCCUACCUUCAUUGUUCUCUUAUCACCUCUCAAAUUUUUUAGCUAAAAGCGGAGAUAAUUCCAUAUUUGUGAAGAACUUUAGUAAGAGAUCAGAUUCAAAGCCAUCAAAACUUACACGCUGUGUUUUCAGUGUUGAGUGAAUGCGUCAGUGUUUAAGUUGGGUAAGAUCGCCACCCAGUGGAUAAAAGCGGACGUAUGAACUUGACUUAUAAACUCCUCAGACAACGUUUUCUCUUUAUCGACGAGAUGACUCAACAAUAUUUAUUGACAUUUAUCUGGAUAUCGCCAUUAAUUGUGCAAUUGUACACAAAUUAAAAAUAUGAUUAUAGACUGUGGUGUUUAUUUUCAUAAAUCAGUAGGCAGCAACAGUGGCGCAGUGAUACUAAUGUAAUGUGGUCUGAACCGUGAGGUUACCGGUGUAUUUUAUCACGGCUUAUGGUGCGUUCCAGGUAGGUUUUUAAACCCGUGAGUUACGACUUCAAAACCACGACUCACGACCUUAUGCGUUCCAGGCAGCCCGUAACUCGUGUUUUUACAACCUUCUACCGGUGAAAGUGCACUGGAACGGCAGUCAAACCCGUGACUUCCCACCCGUGAACUCGUACUAGAUCGAUGUACUCCCAGUUCAGAGUCGUGAGGCGUGGUUUUGAACUCGUGAGUUACGGGUUACGGGUUGCCUGGAACGCAGCAUUAGAACACGUUUCAACCAAUCAGAAUGAAGAACUGCCCGUUUUAUAAUGCAUGUUUGAGCUGCUUUAAUUUUAAAACACCUUGCACUGACAUAUUUUAACAUAUAUAAGUAUUGUUUUGUCUCAGAAUGCACACCAGUAUAGUUUUUUUUGUAAGGUUUGUUUGUGAAACCCUGUUCCCUGUCUUGGAAGCCCCCCCUUAAUGUCAUGCUCGGGUAACAGUUACCUUCAUGGUUUAAGAGACGUACUUCAAGUUUCACUUUCAGUUUUGCAAAUGAUGAGACAGACCUGUAUUUGCAUGACAUGGCAGCAUAACGGUGAUGCAGCAGUAGUUGUGAGAGGUUACUGAGACACAACAACCAGUGCUCACGAUACAUUUCAUCUUUUUUACUUUUGGACAUGUCAAAAGAAGUUAGCGGGAAGAACAUUCAGCUCAGUGAGGAGCAGCUGCAACAGAUAGAGCAGAACAGGCGUGCUGCUCUGAAAAGACUGGCCAACCGAAACGUACCUGUGCCUGUUGGUGAAAGCUGGCGGAGACAAAUUGGGACAGAGUUUACAAAACCUUAUUUUACAAAGCUUAUGUCAUUUGUUACAAUGGAGAGGAAAUGCUAUACAGUCUAUCCCAGCCCUGAGCAAGUGUUUAGUUGGACAACUCUGUGUGCAAUUGAAGAUGUGAAAGUUGUUAUUCUCGGACAAGACCCCUAUCACCACGCAGGUCAGGCCCAUGGUUUAGCCUUCAGUGUGCUGAAGCAUAAACCUCCUCCUCCAAGUUUGGAAAACAUAUUUAUGGAGCUGGCAAAAGACAUUGCUGGCUUCCAGCCCCCAGGUCAUGGAGACCUCACAGAAUGGGCAAAACAGGGUGUUCUUCUACUAAAUUCGGUGUUGACAGUGAGGGCUCAUCAGCCCACCUCUCAUGAGGGUCAAGGCUGGGAACUCUUUACAGAUGCUGUGGUCCUGUGGCUCAGCAGCAAUCUUAAUGGUCUGGUGUUUCUGCUAUGGGGCUCAUAUGCUCAGAGGAAAGGCAAAGUAAUUGACAGAAAGCGUCAUCACGUCCUUGAGACUUCCCAUCCUUCACCGUACUCUGCCCAUUUGGGAUUCUUUGGAUGUAGACACUUCUCCAAAGCAAAUACGUUACUUAAAGCAUCAGGGAAGAAACCAGUUGAUUGGAAAGCCCUUUAGGGUGUGACACACCACCGA